UUUCUUCCUCUUGAUGCAGGCCUUUUUGUCUUGGUGGCGCGUGAUUGGUCUUCGGUCAUCGUGGCAGUGAAUGCUUUCUUUUUUGUGAAGUCCAGCGUUCGGAAUCGAUAGUUUGAUUUUAUUUCUAACAGUGAAUUAAAAAAACAUCAAAAUGGUGAACUUUACGGUCGACGAAAUCCGUGUCAUGAUGGACAAAAAGAAGAACAUAAGAAAUAUGUCCGUAAUAGCUCACGUAGAUCAUGGAAAAUCCACACUGACCGAUUCAUUAGUAUCGAAAGCUGGUAUCAUCGCCGGCGCAAAAGCUGGAGAAACACGUUUCACAGACACAAGAAAAGAUGAACAGGAACGUUGUAUUACCAUCAAAUCAACUGCCAUAUCUAUGUUUUUUGAAUUAGAAGACAAAGAUCUCGUCUUCAUCAAAGAUCCCGAUCAACGUGAUAAAACCGAGAAAGGAUUUUUAAUCAAUUUGAUCGAUUCACCCGGGCACGUGGACUUCUCUAGUGAAGUAACAGCCGCUCUUCGUGUAACCGAUGGAGCCUUAGUCGUAGUAGACUGCGUUUCAGGUGUGUGUGUACAAACUGAAACCGUAUUACGUCAGGCUAUCGCCGAACGUAUUAAGCCAGUUUUGUUCAUGAACAAAAUGGACCGUGCGUUGUUGGAAUUGCAAUUGGAACCCGAAGAUCUUUUCCAAACUUUCCAACGUAUCGUUGAAAACGUAAACGUAAUCAUUGCCACGUAUAACGAUGAUGGUGGCCCCAUGGGUGAAGUCCGCGUUGACCCUAGCAAAGGUAGUGUUGGUUUUGGAUCUGGUUUACACGGAUGGGCCUUCACAUUAAAACAGUUCGCUGAAAUGUACGCAGAAAAAUUCAAAAUCGAUGUCGUCAAGCUCAUGAAUCGUUUAUGGGGAGAAAACUUCUUCAACGCUAAAACCAAGAAAUGGGCCAAGCAAAAAGACGAAGAAAACAAACGUUCAUUCAAUAUGUACAUUUUGGACCCCAUUUUUAAACUGUUCGACUGCAUUAUGAAUUACAAAAAAGAAGAAACCGAUGUUUUAUUAGGAAAAUUAGGAAUUUCGUUGAGACCUGAAGAUAAAGAGAAAGAUGGAAAAGCUUUAUUGAAAGUUGUUAUGCGCUCGUGGUUGCCAGCUGGUGAAGCUUUACUUCAGAUGAUAGCCAUCCACUUACCUUCUCCCGUCGUUGCUCAAAAAUACAGAAUGGAAAUGUUGUACGAAGGACCUCACGAUGACGAAGCUGCUAUUGCUAUCAAGACUUGCGAUCCCAACGGACCCUUGAUGAUGUACGUGUCAAAAAUGGUACCGACUUCCGACAAAGGUAGAUUCUACGCUUUCGGUCGUGUAUUCGCUGGAAAAGUAUGCACUGGUAUGAAAGCUCGUAUCAUGGGACCCAAUUACACUCCCGGAAAGAAAGAAGAUUUAUACGAAAAAGCUAUUCAAAGAACCAUCUUGAUGAUGGGACGUUAUGUUGAAGCCAUCGAAGAUGUGCCUAGCGGUAACAUUUGCGGUUUGGUCGGAGUGGAUCAGUUUCUUGUCAAGACUGGUACCAUCACCACCUUCAAAGACGCUCACAACUUGCGUGUAAUGAAAUUCAGUGUAUCUCCCGUCGUCAGAGUUGCUGUCGAACCCAAGAACCCAGCCGAUUUACCAAAAUUGGUCGAAGGUUUGAAACGUCUCGCUAAAUCCGAUCCUAUGGUGCAAUGUAUCAUCGAAGAAUCCGGAGAACACAUUAUCGCUGGUGCUGGUGAACUUCACUUGGAAAUUUGCUUAAAAGAUUUAGAAGAAGAUCACGCUUGCAUACCAAUCAAGAAAUCCGAUCCAGUUGUAUCGUAUCGUGAAACAGUCACCGAAGAAUCCGAUCAAAUGUGUUUGUCGAAAUCACCCAACAAGCACAAUCGUUUAUUCAUGAAAGCUACUCCAUUCCCAGAAGGUCUCGCCGAAGAUAUUGAUGACGGCAAUGUUAACCCCAGAGACGACUUCAAGAGUCGUGCUCGUUAUCUUGGUGAAAAAUACGAAUACGACGUUACGGAAGCUAGAAAAAUCUGGGCUUUCGGUCCUGACGGUACUGGACCAAAUCUUUUGGUCGAUUGCACAAAAGGAGUACAAUAUUUGAACGAAAUUAAAGAUUCAGUCGUAGCCGGUUUCCAAUGGGCUACCAAAGAGGGUGUCUUAGCCGAAGAAAAUUUACGUGCUGUACGUUUCAACAUUCACGAUGUGACAUUACACGCUGACGCUAUCCACAGAGGAGGUGGUCAAAUCAUACCAACGGCUCGUAGAUGUUUAUACGCUUGCGCUUUGACGGCUGCUCCCCGUUUAAUGGAACCCGUAUAUUUGUGUGAAAUUCAGUGCCCUGAAGUGGCUGUCGGUGGAAUUUACGGAGUACUGAACAGACGUCGUGGACACGUUUUCGAAGAAAUGCAAGUAGCUGGUACUCCAAUGUUCGUAGUUAAAGCAUAUUUGCCAGUAAACGAAUCAUUCGGUUUCACGGCUGAUUUACGUAGUAAUACCGGUGGGCAGGCUUUCCCACAAUGUGUAUUCGAUCAUUGGCAAAUCUUACCUGGUAAUCCUCUGGAGUUGGGUUCAAGACCGUAUUCCAUCGUUCAGGAUACUCGUAAACGUAAGGGACUGAAAGAAGGCUUACCCGAUCUUCAACAAUAUAUGGAUAAAUUGUAAUACAAUUACUGGAUAAUAAAUCGAGAAUAAUAACGAAGUUAAAUCAAAUAUCGCCGUUAGCAUAAAUAAAUGAAAUAAGAAAACCUAUUCUACGCAGUUGAAGCUCAAUUUUGGAAGUCGAUCGAGGCUGCGUCUCUGUAUGUAAAGCCCAACAAGCAAUUCCGCCUACAACCAUUGUUUUUUUAAAUUAAAAACUUAUUAAAAAUAGCGUGUAUUGUUUUUAUAUUUUAUGAAUAAAAAUGUUCAUUCAUAAUUGAUAACUUAUAAA